CGAUAUCUCUCAGAUUGCAAGGGCCGUCAAGUGCAAAUGGUACUGGUCGUGUUGAAGUGUUCUUUGCAGGUCAAUGGGGAACAAUCUGUGAUGAUUAUUGGGAUUUAAUAGAUGCUACAGUCGCAUGUCGUCAACUUGGUUAUCUAAAUGCUGUUAGAGCUCUUCGAGGGAGUUCUGUUCCUGCCGGUUCUGGACAGAUUUGGUUGGAAAAUUUAGAUUGUAAGGGAAGUGAACAAACUUUGGACAAAUGUCCACAUAGAGAAUGGGGAAAACAUGAUUGUAAUCAUUACGAGGAUGCUGGUGUUGAAUGUGAGUCAACAGGUAAUUAUACUCUGACAUUAAUAGGAUAUUUUUUAGUUUUCAAGAAAUUAUGGCGUAUGCCAACCGCGGACAAACCGAAUAUACCAUUCGCUUUCGUCGUAUAUCAGGGCCUCAUAUCGUAGGGAAUGGGAACAAAUGCGGGAAAACAAGCGAAAGCUGCUUAAGUCAAAUUCGGACGCCAUGCAGUGUGUCAUCUUUAUAACGGCUUGUUUAUUUUUCUUAAUCUCGAUUUAUAACGAUUUUUGUGUGUAUUUUAAGAUUUUGUGCGAACAACGAAAGCUAUGAACGAGCAUAUGUGAAAAAAACAACUGUUUUUUCUCCUUUUUUGUGUGGAAAAUGUGAAAAUAUGACAACGUAGCGAUGGUGCUUAUCCAGAAGCGAAAAACAGUAUUUCACUAAGAUUUUAACGUCAAUAUAUUAUACUGUACGUUAUUCCGUUAAAAAUCAAGACAACUGUGGAACGAUGUUUAUUUUUAUAAUUUGACAUUAAUAUGAAAGAAACCAGAGGUAAAAAUUAACAAGAAAACGUCAAAUGUUAUUGAUUCGCAUGGGAAAAAUAGGUACGCUAAGCGUACAUGUACCUGCUCAUGCAUUGUUGUCAAGGAGUUCAAUCAAUACUCAGUAGCUUGUAAACAUAUUAAGAGGCUGAUGUUUAAUUAAAUUAAUAUAUUUAUUCUAUAAAACAUCUAUAAAUUUCCAGAGACUAAUUCCGGCCAUAUAACUUAACUCACAAGAUGAUAUUCUUGUUGAAACAUAACGGGUUCAACAUCUUCAAGAUUGAUAGUUCAUAAUAAAUAAUAUGAUAUGGCAAAAUCUGGUUUGUCUGUAAUGAAAGUAGGCACCAAUUGUCUAUAGUUAUGAACUAUGAUUUAACAAAUAUAAAUCAUUUUUCGUGUUGAUAGGCUAUAUAGUUAUGUCAACACGAGUGGGAAUUAAGAAAACGAGUGGGGAUAAACUAUGCAUCAGUGGGGUAAACUAUGCAUCAGCAUGGGUUUUAUAACCAUGCAGUGUCAGUGAUUCUCAAGAUAUAUAUUAAUAGCAAUAUGAAUGACGUAAACUGCGAUCCUUUCACCUUCCAUUCCGUGACCCAAGAUGAUGUAAAUAGGAUAAUACAAAGAUUACCAUAAAAAGCUCCUGGAUAUAUGAUAGUGUAACAGCUAGAAUUUUAAGUUUACCCGUGAUGAUUCCUGCAAUUACAAACUUAAUAAAUUACUCCUUUUCAUCAUGCGAGUUUGCUCAUGUCUGGAAACGAACGGAGGUUACACCGUAUAUACACGUCCAAUUUCGAUUCUGCCUAUCAUAUCUAAAGUUGUUGAGAGAUCACCACAUGUGAUAUUUACUGGAUAUUUAGAAAAAUUGGCCAAUAUCAGUCAGGAAAUUGGAAAAUCCAAUCCACGGAAACAGCACUUCUCUAUUUUACUGACAAAAUUCUAAAGAAUAUGGACAUGAAACAAGUAUGAAGAACAAAACAAUAGACACUCCGAAAAUAGUUAACAUUUUAAUCAACGUUUCGACUAGGUUUCAGUCAUCAUCAGCAAUGACACUAUUGAAAAAUACUGAGAUAUAUAUUUACAAGUUAAGCGGAUCAAAUUACGCGCAAAUUAAAUAUCACAAGUUCCUUAGAGGCUUUAGUUCCGUGAUUAUGUUCCGGUUUUUGGCGAUUUAUAUCUAAAGACUCCUUAUAUAACAAUAAUGACCAAUGCCUAGAUUUAUCUAAUAUAGUACAGUUUUGGUAUAUGAUGGCUUCUGUGGUAUGUGGAUCAAACUGAUCCAGUAGUGUGUUAGGUAGGUUAAGUAGGGUAGAUAGACAGCCUUUACUUUAACACGAUAAUGUUUAAAGCUGCAAGCUUGUGGGGUCGUGUAUAUAACUAUAUAUCUAUGAGUUAACUAUAAAAAUGAAAUAUUAGAUGUACAUGUACUAAUAAAAUUAAAUAUAUACAUAUUCACUCUGCCUGAACCGCAUAGUCAGUUGAGGCAGAGGCGACAUCGAACAGGUCUGGAAGUAUUGGAAAUGUUCACAUGACACAAUAUGUUUGUGAACUUCUGAGUUUUUGUCGGAGGAGUGUUCUAUAAUCCUUGUUCUGAGGCAGCGAUCAGUUUUUUCCGAUGUGCGACAAUUGACAGCCAGGACAGCUAAAUUUGUAGACAACACUACGUUGGAGCUCUUUAUCCGUUCGGUCUUUUAAGGCUGAUUUCCACUGUUGCGUUUUUCGUACGCACGUACACGCACGUAAAACUUUGAAUCCUUCUAUUUUUUAAACAUUUUACAAAUAAGUUAACAAAUACAUACUAAAUUUUUUUGAGUUAUUUGCUGGAAUACUCUGUGGCAAGUAUUGUAAUCGAAAUGCAAGAACUACGGCUUUGCUGGACGGGUGAUUUGGAGAAAUUGAAGCUUUUUGUAAGCAAGAAUGUUGAUUUUGUCGGCGAAUGGACUUCACCAGGCAAUGAUAAAAAAAAUACAGUGAUGGUUAUAGCUCAAUAUCCUGGCGCAAAUCCAAGAAAGUGUUGGAAAUAG